UGGAGCAUCUGAAAUUUCAACUGUUUCGCAAACACCUAUCGAACGCACCGAACUCGAGCAGCCCCGCAAGUAAAAGCCAUAUCGGAAGAUCAUCACCAUCGGCAUCGGCAGUGAAUAAGAGGUCGUCGACGACAACAGCACCGGCAACCAUGUUGAGGAGUGCUGCGGUGCGGCUGGUGGUGCAGGAGCCGGACAAGGAGCUGCUCAAGCCGAUCCAGCUGCCGCAGAGGAUAUUAACGGGCGCGGGACCGAGCAAUUGUUCUCAGCGGGUGCUGCGGGCGCUUCACCAGCAACUUCUGGGUCACAUGCAUCCCGAGAUCUUUCAGCUGAUGGACGAAAUAAAGGCCGGUCUGCGUUACGCCUUCCAGACGUCGAACGCGCUGACUCUGGCCAUAAGCGCUUCCGGUCACGCCGGCACCGAGGCGGCCAUUGGCAACGUGCUCGAGCGCGGGGAAAGGAUUCUCAUUGUCAAGGCUGGACUGUGGGGCGAACGUGCGGCGGAUAUGGCCGAUCGGCUCGGCAUUCACGUCGACUUUUUAGAACCCAAGUUGGGCGUCGCCUUCACGCUUGCGGAGCUCGAGGAAGCCAUGAAACGCCACAAGCCCAAUGCCGUCUUCGUGACGCACGCCGAGUCCUCUACCGGUCUCAAGCAGCCCUUGGAGGAGAUCGGCAGCUUGGUCCACAGGUACGGUGGCCUGCUGAUCGUGGACACGGUAGCGUCCCUCGGCGCGGAGCCGUUUUUUGCCGACGCCUGGGGUGUCGACGUCGUCUACACCGGCAGCCAAAAGGUCCUCGGCGCACCUCCCGGCCUCGCUCCCAUAAGCUUCAGUCCAUUGGCCCAGAAAAAGAUUUUGAGCCGCAAGUCAGCGGUGCCGGUGUAUUACUGGGACAUGACGCUGUUGGGCCGCUACUGGAACUGCUUCGGGGCCAACAACGGGCCACGGCUGUACCAUCACACGAUCUGCCCGACUCUGGUAUACGGUCUGCGCGAGGCCCUGGCCCAACUCGCCGAGGAGGGACUACCGGCUUCCUGGGCUCGCCACGCGGCCGUCACCGACAAGUUCCACGAGGGCCUGCGUAAACGCGGUUACGGCUUCUUCAUCGACGACCCGCAGCACAGGUUGCGCACGAUUAGCUCGAUACUCCUGCCGAGCGGAGUUGACGCCUCGAUCGUCAUUCGGUACGCCAUGGAGAGAUACAACGUAGAAAUAAGUGGUGGAUUGGGACCAACGGCUGGGAAAAUCGUCCGCAUCGGUUUGAUGGGAGUAAACGCCACGCCCGGACACGUGGACUUGGUUCUCCGUGCACUUGAUGAUGGAAUAAGAUACGCCAGAGCUCAAAUUAAAUCAAAUUUAUAACUCUC